GAAUAUGAGUGUGAAUGGUUGUUUGUUUGUAUGUGCUUUGUGAUUGGCUGGCCACCAGUCCAGGUUGUCCCGGGAUAGGGAUAGUAUAUGCGGUAGAAAAUGAAUGAAUAUUGGACUAAGAAGUUACACCUUUUCUUAUGUUGCAUAGAAAACCUUUCUAAGUUCCAUGUCAGGUUCUAUGGUUAUCGUCACAAAUUUGUAGAGUUCAUCACAGAGCUGUAGUCUUUUUCUAAAUUUGCUGACUUUGCAUAUAUUGAUGAUUUGUUGACGUUUUGUCUUUUAAGACACAUUUGGUACACUCCAAAUUGUACCAUUUUUGGAGCGUUCGGCUGGACAUUACCUCGCUUUUAUUUUUUGCCCGCAUUAAAUUUAAGCUGGCACCCUCACAAAUGUGACAGUCUUUCGCACUUGCUCUAUAUUAAGACCGUGCUCAGAAAAGCGUUUAUAUUUGGCCCCUGGUAACUGGUGCUCCGGUGUUCUUGUCUUGCCUACGGAUUCUUUUCCUUUGACAGAAGCUGCAGAUUUCAGUUUGCAGGUGGGAGCAAGAAGUUUUUGUUAGCACCAAUACCAAAAUGCUAUUGUGUUGAAGCGCAGCAUUGAAAGAUGUUUUAAAUUCAUCACGCGGUACCUUAAGGCUUUUAUUUUCCCCUUCCACUCGGUGCUAUUCUUGUGGACGUCAAGUGGACAAGAAUAGAACAAGGGUGCAUGAGGCUGUUGUGGUUUCCUCAAGGGCCAUUUUGUGCAGCCUUGGUUAUCAAAUGUGGCCUUAAACCUUCACACCCCCGCCUCCGCUUUACUUCCUUAUUUGAGGAAUAGCGAUGUCGUCUCAGCUUGAUGCGCCGAUCAAAGCGGAGAUCUUUAAUGUCAUUCACUGUCGGGGGGUUUGGCGAAUGAAAUAUGAGAUUAAUUAAAUAUCACAGUGGCGAGUUCUCCCAGCCAGCAGCAGGUGUUUUUGUUGCUAUUUUUAGGACCAUUAAGCAGAAGCAACAACAGUCCUUGAACGCUUCGCGGGUUCACGGCUGUCCCUGGAACAGCGCCCGUUACACGGGAGUCCUUUUGUCGGGUAUUUACACGCCGGGAUGAAUAUUCCUCGUCAUCUGAGAAGUGUCUGAUCUACAGUGGAGAUAAAGUCAGACGUACAGCUGGCCGUGGAACCUCUCUCGCCAUUGGACCUGAGGAUGCUGGGGCCAGGGUCAGACCCGGGGCUCUGGGAGAGGCAACUGCAGCAGGAGCUGCUUCUCAUCCAGAAGCAGCAGCAGAUCCAGAAGCAGCUACUCAUCAGCGAGUUCCAGAAACAGCAUGAGAAGUUGACCCGUCAGCAUCAGGCUCAACUCCAGGAGCACCUCAAGCUUCAACAGGAGCUCCAGGCCAUGAAACAGCAGCAGGAACUUGCAGAGAAGGAGAGGCGUCUGGAGCAGCAGCAACAACAACAACAACAACAACAACAACAACAACAACAACAACAACAACAGCAUAAUCAUCAGCUCCUACAGAACCAGCAGGAGAAAGAACUAGAGAGGCAUCGGCGAGAGCAGCACAUCUCCAGUUUGAGCCUCCGGGCCAAAGAACGCGCUAGAGAGAGUCUGGCAGGUGCAGUGGCCAGUACUGAGGUGAAGCAGAAACUCCAAGACUUCCUGUUGAGCAAAUCAGCAAAGGACCCUUCCAGCAAUGGCGUCAAUCACUCAUUCAUUCACCACCCAAAGCUCUGGUACAGGUCCUCCCAUCACACAUCCCUGGACCAAAGCUCUCCGCCUCUGGGCGGCACGUCCCCUACCUGCCACUAUACUCUGCCGUCACCCGUUGACAGCAAGGACGACUUCCCCUUGAGGAAGACAGCCUCUGAGCCCAACCUGAAGGUGCGGUCCAGACUGAAACAGAAAGUCGCCGAGAGGAGGAGCAGUCCUAUGCUCAAGAGGAGAGACAGCAACCUCAUGACGCCUUACAAGAAGAGAGCGCUAGAGCUAAUGGAUUCUACGCCCACAAACAGUGCCCCCGGCUCGGGCCCCAGCUCCCCCAUAGGGGCCUCCAGUGCCUUGGGGGCUGAAAACGGACCCUCCUCUUUGCCUACUACUACAAAAACAGAGAGAUGGCCUUCACAGCCAAGAUUAUUCCGACCUGAGAGCUCCGUGUCCGUGUUGAGUUUGUACACAUCUCCGUCCCUACCCAAUAUAUCUUUGGGGCUUUCAACUGCAUCGUCCCCUAUGAAUGCGGCAAUGGGUUUGAAGGACAGAUCAGCAGAAAUAAAGCAUGGACUUCCCGGGCAUCUCCUGGGUCCUGUUCCCCUUCACACCGGUCUAGAGUCCAAAGUGGGCUCCAGUCACCAGGCUCUGCUCCAACACCUCCUCCAGAAGGAACAGAUGAGGCAGCAGAAGAUGCUUUCCACUGGUCCGGGUUCCUUGUCAUCCCACCCUCCGUCCCCUUUGGCCAUGAAGGAUCGCCCUUCCAGCAGUCGCCCUAAACUACCCAAACAUCGACCCUUGAACAGGACCCAGUCUGCGCCCUUACCCCAGAACACACUGGCUCAACUGGUCAUCCAGCAGCAGCACCAGCACUUCCUGGAGAAACAGAAACAGUACCAGCAGCAGGUCCAUAUAAAUAAGCUUCUCUCCAAGUCCAUCGAGCAGUUACGUCAGCCCAACGCACACCUGCAGGAGUCUGAAGAGGAGCAGGAGGAGCAACAGACGGAGCGCAUGCAGGAGGACAGGCUGCCCCCCGGAGGAGUCAUUCGGAAGCACACGCUCAGCAGCAGCAGCAGCAGCAGCAGCAGCGGCAGCGGCGGCUCCAGCAUGGAGCUCCCCGAAGCGCACUACGGGGUCAUCAAGGUUAAGGAGGAGCCGCUGGACAGCGAGGACGAGGCUCUGGCCAAUCAGAGCUUAGAAGCGGAAAGGAGCACCUAUCUUCACCAGGUCAAAGGGAGACUGGUGAUAAGAGCCAUGAUCUGAGGGAGGACCGGGAAGAGGUCACACACUCCGACAUUCGCAGAUAAAAACCACAUCCCUUUAGUGUACACACACACACACACACACACAUAUAUAUUGCACUGUAGGCUGUCUUUAUCACGCAGCAUCAAAUGAUCCCUUUUCCAUCAAUCCCUCCGAGCCCCCAUAAUCCUGGUCUAGUACCGUAUAUGUUCAGGCUACAUUUUUUUUUAAUGUAAAUAAUACAAAGACAAACCAGCUGCUUACAUUAGUUGGAGUCUACUCAAGUGAAAGAAAACGAUAUAAAUGCACCGCGUACAUACAUACAUAUAUUGUGGAUUUAGCAUCAGUAGUGCAUCUCUAGAGGUUUAAACAGGUGUGGAUGAGCCAACGUGUGCACAUUCUUACCACUGAAUCUUUAGAUGGGUGGGGGGGGGGGGGGGUACUACCUACUGUGUUGUUCUGGAAAAAAACUACAUUGAUGUUCCAUGUUAAGGGGUGAACAUCUGUCUUAGUGUGAAUGUACAAUAGAAAUCCUAACAGUGGAAUACCCUUAAAAACUACUCAAAUUGCAGUUUUUAAGGAUAACGCAGUAAACCUUGAUCCCCCCCGGGGGGUGUGCACAUGCAUCACACAACACGUCCCCAUAGUAUGUCUCCAUGUCUUGUCUCUCGGAGUGCUCUCAGAGCCAGGACCUGAUGUUAGCCGAGUUUUAAUCCCUGCGGGUCCAAAAUAAAAAAAAACUCCUGCCCAAGUUUUCAGCAGAGGAAUCAGACACAGAGAGUAAGAGAGGGCCGGGCAGGAAAUGCCUUCUAGAAGCCAGAAGUUGGAGUGAUUCAUGUGUGGAGGAAUGUUUGCAAGAGAGAGAGAGAGAGGAGGGGCCUUGGAUUGGACCACGAGUCAGAGUCCGAGGGGGCCACAAGGCUUCACAAUUGAUUUACUGUCAAGGCGGAUUACAAAGUUGAGUGGGGAUAUACGGUCAAGGGAGUCCUAUAUACGUAUAUAUAUAUAUAUAUAUAUGGGAGAUGGCUUCCUCUGCGUACCUCAACAUAUGCAGGUUUGUUUGAUGUCAUGUCAAUUGAAGAGAUCGGAAAAAAAAAAUAAAAAAUUUGGACGGGACCGUGAUUUUUCUUAUUUUUCCAGUCCCCUGAAAGUGCCCAUUGCGACAUGUAUAGUCUGUCUUAAAGUGAUCGGUCAAAUGUAUUGGAUAGCUGUAAAAACCUACCGUUCGUUCGUUCGUACCGUCGACAACGUGUAAAACUGCUUGUGAGUGUUUUUUGGAUUCAUUUGAACUGUCUUAUUGUCUUAUUAUCAAUUGUACAAUUCACACUGUCUGGGGUUUAAUGUGUUAGGUUAAGUAAACACCAUCAGAAUAAUGUGAGUCCUGUUCUUUGAUUUGAUUGUGCCGAGAAGCCCUGCACUUUUUAGAGAUGGAUGAGAGAGA